CCAUUAUCAGCCAACCCUAGUUUUUCCAAAAGAGACCUGAGGUUGACCACCCUAGGGCGAAGGGAGGCAUAAGAGAAAAGAUGGUUUUCUACUUCAAAGCUCGACCUGAGGUUGGAGAUUACACGAUCUUCAUGGGAAUUGACAAACAUGAGAACGAAGAGCUUAUCAAAUAUGGCUUCGUCGAAGACAUUUGGUUUCAUGUUGAUAAAAUGUCUUCAGCCCAUGUUUAUCUCAGAAUGCAAAAGGGUCAGACAAUGGAUAACAUAUCCGAAACACUGCUGGAAGAUUGUGCACAACUUGUUAAAGCUAAUUCGAUUCAAGGGAACAAGGUGAAUAAUGUUGACAUUGUUUAUACACCCUGGCAAAAUCUGAAAAAGACAGCGUCCAUGGAUGUAGGACAAGUUGGCUUUCAUAACCCAAAGAUGGUUCGCACUGUUCGAGUGGAGAAGCGAAUUAAUGAGAUUGUUAAUAGAUUGAACAGAACAAAAGUGGAGCGGAAGCCUGACCUGAAAGGCGAACGUGAAGCAAUUAUUGCAGAAGAAAGAGCAGUAAGGAAGCAGUUUUUGAGAGAAAAAAAACGACGAGAGGAUCUUGAUAGACUGGAAAAAGAUAAACAAGCUGAUUUGAGGAGCUACAAAAAUUUGAUGGUGGCGGAGAAGAUGACAUCAAACAAGGAUAUAGCACAAGCAAACAAGUCCUUGCAGGAGUUGGAGGACGAUUUCAUGUGAAGAAGAUUAAUUAUCAAAACCGAUCAGUGUCAUUCAAGGCCAGUGUGAAUUAUUGUAAGUUCAUCUGAAGCCGAAAAACAAUCAUAAGAAUUGCAGUUUCAUUUUUCACCUAUUGAUGCCCUUUGCUGAAUUGGCAAAUAUUUUUGAUUGAGGAUUGUGAACAAUAUAUGAACGUGGAGUUUUGUUUG